AUGUUUCGUAUUUCUCUCCUUCUUUCGCUUUACACAUUGAUUCAGUCGUAUAACUGGACACAAUUAAAUUUACCAACCGAACAUGUACCAUAUUUUUUUUAUAAUAAUCCGUUACUACGAUCAACGUGUAUAAACGAAGGUAGUGUGUUUUGUCCAUAUUAUGAACAGGCCAUUGAUAACAGUACUAAAUGUUGGGGAUAUGAGUCAGAUUGUCAGAUGAAUAAUUCAAAUCGAUCGUUUCUUGUUCAAUGUCCCGAUGAUAGUCGUGGAUGGACAACAUCGAAAGAAAAACAGAUACAUGAAUUUUGGCGUCAAGGUGAUUUUGGUUAUAUAGCUGAAAAACGAAAUGAAUUACGAUCAUUUUGUACACCGAUCGAAAGUGAUCAUGAUUCAUCUUCUCUUGAAUGUGUUGACCAUAUACGAUAUUGUCAUGCUAAAAAUAUUUAUAUUGAUUUUAAAAAUAUACAAAUUGAAAAACAUUAUGAUCGUUAUCGAGAAGAUAUUCUUGAACAAGGUGAUGUUGGUGGAAAAUGUACGUUAAACAAGGAUGAUUUAACGAAAAAUGGUGAUCAAAAAUCACCGUUACAAUCAUGGUACUCUGAACUUCGUGUAUUUACACCACUCAAUGAUAGUUCAUUAUUAACGAAAAAAUGUGAUAUCAUUUUUGAUAAACCAACGUAUUUAAUCAAAUUAGAUAGUAGCAAUAAUAUGUACCAUCAUUUUUGUGAUUUUAUCAACUUUUAUGUAUCACAACAUAUGAACAAUACAUUUUCAUUGGAUAUUCAAAUCAUUUUAUGGGACACUUCUAACUCAGAUUAUUGGAGUUAUUUUUCUGAUACAUGGAAAGCCUUUUCAUCCAAUCCACUCAUUCAUUUAAAAUCACUUAAUCGAAAACGUGUUUGUUUUAAAGACGCUGUCUUCACGUUUUUGGCACGUAUGUUUUUUGGUCUCUAUUAUAAUAUGCCAUUAAUACCGGGUUGUACAAAUACAAAUUUAUUUCGUUCAUUUCAACAGUAUGUUUUACAUCGUUUAAACGUAAAACAAUAUGGUCCAUUGAAAUCAAAUCUUAUUCGAAUAACACUGUUAAAUCGUACAACCCAAUAUAGACAAAUAUUGAAUUUUAAUGAAAUUAUCCAACAUUUGCAAGCAAAAUCAAAUAAUGAAUAUGUAAUUAAUGUUGUUGAUUAUAAUAUGAAUGUGCCAUUUCUUCAACAGUUGAAUAUUACUUAUAAUACCGAUAUAUUUAUGGGCAUACACGGUGCUGGUCUCACACAUCUCUUAUUUUUACCCGAUUGGGCAACAAUAUUCGAGAUAUAUAAUUGCGAGGAUAAAGACUGUUAUUUGGAUUUAGCUCGACUACGCGGUGUCAAGUAUUUUACAUGGGAAAAUGGUGAUAAAGUUUACCCACAAGACGAAGGUAGACAUCCAACAAUGGGAACACCGCACAAAAAAUUUACGAAUUAUGCAUUUGAUGUAAAUGAAUUUGAAAGAGUUGUAAGAAAAAUGGUCAAAUAUGUCAAGGAACAUCCAGCAUAUCGCUUAGCUAAACGUUUGAAAUAUAAAAAGUUAGACGAACACAAGGGUGAAGAACUUUAA